GAAUGUGAGGUUAUCUCUUUUCCCUUCAUUUCGACUCUGAUUUCGUUGUAAAUGCCGCUAGUCAGAGACCGGAAUCUAUAACUAAGUAUGUCCUCGCCGAAUUUUAAAAUGUGGUCCAGUGAAGGUGCUUGAAAUAACAUAGUAAGAGAGUAAUUCAUCCUGAAGAAAGUGUUUAAGGAGGCCCUAAAGCUUUACAAUGGCAACUCCGACUGAUGGAAAUGGCAACAUGAUGGACGAGUUUGAGGAGGCAUUUUUGUUGUGCAUCAACUCCCUAACCAAAGAUGACUCUGGUCCUGAUUUUUUUGCUGUUGAAAAAGAUGACAGCCUUGCAGAAGUUGAUUUAACCAUUCCAAGAUUCAUUGAAAUUGCUCAUCAGAUGGAGGCUUUCUUCCUACAGAAACGAUUUCUUUUGUCAGCCUUAAAACCUGAAUUGGUAGUAAAAGAGGACACACUGGAUAUGCGACAUGAAUUGAGCCGGAAAGAUGAAUUAAUUAAGCGCCUGUACGAUAAAAUAGCAGUUUGGCAAAAUUUGCUGGCAGAUCUGCAAGGCUGGGAGAAAACAGGUGCUCAAGGCCAAGGCACACCCCCAAAUCCAGGCCAAGUAGCCAAUCCUCAAGGCCCUGGGCCCAGUGCACCAGGAGCACCAAACAGUGCGCCUCCUCAGCCUGGUCCAUCUCCUGCAAUGAUGCAACAACAGCUUCAACAACAACAGCAAAUGCAGCAGCAACAACAAAUGCAACAGCAGCAGCAAAUGCAGCAGCAGAUGCAAGCUCAGAUGUCUGGACCAGGUGUUGGUGGUCCCAUCGGGCCUCCCCAGCAGGGUAUGUUCAUGCAGCAGCCAAGAGGCCCUCCAUUUCCGGGCCAAGGACCUGGAGGACUCCUCCAAGGACCCUUGGCUUACCUCGAAAAGACAACUAGCAACAUUGGAAUGCCCGAUGGGAGAAGGUGACGGGGUCGCGGGAGGGGGAGAGGGAGAGGCCGCGGUCGCGGGCCUGGCGAAGAAGAGUUUGGCCCGUCUCCUUAAACCUUCCCUUCCCGCUGAUCUCACAGUGCAGUCAGCUCUGACCUACUUUCAGCCAAUUGUUGCUUGCUGCACAAUUUGAUUUCAUAAUUGGGGGGAUCAGUGUCCAGAAGGUUUAGUAGCCAUCAUGGUUGGCAGUUCAGACAUACAUCAUAACAAAUUGAAAAGCGAAGUGCAAUGAGGCUGUGAAGCCAUAAGUUGGAGAGUGACUCUAAAAAAUAUGUUAAUAAACAUUUUGUUUUACUUUUAAAAUUUUAGAAUAUGCGUAAUGAUUUUUGCGUACUCUUUGUAAAAAUUUGUGUGUGUUGUUUUUUUCUCUUUAAAAUAAAUUAGGAACAUUCGGCUCUAGCUACAUGGGAAUGAGGCAAUCUAAUUUUGAUGAUUGAAGACUCACCUCUUUUAGUUUCUAAUCUAAAUAUAUAGGGUUGAACUGCAAGUGCUCACUACUCAUCUUCUAAUCAAUCGAAAUUUUGCUGAAGUUCCCAGCUGUACAUAAAAUUAAAAACAUAAGUUUUAAGUCAGAGAGGCUAAGCUGCAAAAAUACAGCCAUCUUGACAGUCAAAGCCAUCUGAAACCCACAAAAACUUUGGGCCUUUUCAAUUUUAGUGGCGAUCAGGAGACAUCAUUGUGGCUGAGUAUUUGGCGCAAAUCAAUUUAAGAAACUCAUUCAUCUUUCUUCUCGAUGUUACUCUUAACCUCAUCACAUGAGAAGGUCAAGGUCAAUUUGUAUCAAUUUGGAAAAAAUUCCCUGUAAGUGCAGAUUUUUUUUAAUUAUUAAUAUUAUGUCAUUACUGAUGUCAAAACAUGUAUAGAAAAAUCUCUAAUGAUACCUUAAUCUUAAUAGAGCAUAUAUUACAAGUUAUAUGUAUGUAAAAAAGAUAAAAUCUGUAUCGGUCUGGGAACCAGACUUGUCAAAUAUUUCUAUUCAAAAUAAAUUUGGUUUUUUAAAUUUGCUAAAA